CGCUCACACACGCACAUACACACACACGGAGCUGGAGCGCAGAGCAGUGGCGCCCAUCCUCUCUCUCAGUGCGACUCCUCCGAGGGAUCAGGAGUAGACUAAGUCAAACUUCUAGCAGCUGAAGAUUUGUGCGCAACCUUUGAAUGAUCCAACCCGUCAAGGUGACGGAAACAUGGAAUCUAACAUCAGUCGCGUCAAAAGGAGUCUAAUACACUAAUAAAACAGGUGUCUGUGGUGAUGUUGCCAUGUGCCAGCUGCCAUCUGCUCUUGUCUUUUUUUAUUCAGCAGGACUGAUGUCCAGAUGGUGUGCCCCCCCAUGUGUGGUCCAGUUGAGCUCUCCCUGACCAUUUCAUGGGCGACAAACAGACCCAGGCAUCAACGGGCACUGCUUGACUCAACCCCACCUUGCACUGUUCGCCUCACCCUUAACCCCUCACCCCUAACCUUAACCCUCAAUCCCCUCCUCCCUCUGUCCCAUUCUCUGUCAAACCUCUCCUCACAUAUUGACAAUCCUAGCCCUCCCUGAGCCAAACAUGGUUGCCCGCAUUCCCGCUCUAGUCUUGGUCAUGAUAUGUCGGGGCGUCUUGCUCUCUGUUGGAGACCCACCUCAGUCCCGCCGGGAGAUCCGCAUUGAGGGAGAUCUGGUGCUCGGUGGUCUCUUCCCGGUGCAUGAGAAAGGUGCUGGGGUGGAGGAGUGUGGGCGUAUCAACGAGGACAGAGGAAUCCAGAGACUGGAGGCCAUGCUGUUUGCCAUAGAUAGAAUCAAUAAAGACAACACUUUGCUGCCUGGGGUCUCCCUCGGGGUCCACAUCCUGGACACCUGCUCAAGAGACACAUAUGCACUGGAGCAGGCUCUGGAGUUUGUAAGAGCCUCCCUCACCAAGGUGGACGACACAGAGUUCAUCUGUCCAGAUGGAUCUUACGCUCUGCAGGAGGACAGCCCACUUGCAAUUGCUGGGGUCAUAGGUGGAUCCUUCAGCAGCGUCUCCAUACAGGUUGCCAAUCUUCUCAGGCUCUUUCAGAUUCCUCAGAUAAGCUAUGCGUCGACCAGUGCCAAGCUCAGCGACAAGACCCGCUAUGAUUAUUUUGCCCGCACGGUGCCUCCUGACUUCUACCAGGCCAAAGCUAUGGCUGAGAUUCUCCGGUUCUUCAACUGGACAUAUGUAUCUACUGUGGCAUCUGAGGGUGAUUACGGUGAAACCGGUAUAGAGGCUUUCGAACAAGAGGCACGCAUGAGGAACAUCUGCAUCGCUACUUCAGAGAAGGUGGGGCGUUCUAACGCUAAGAAGUCCUAUGAAGCUGUGAUCCGUCAGCUCCUCCAGAAGCCAAAUGCCCGUGUGGCCGUCCUCUUCCUGCGCAGUGAUGAUGCCAGAGAGCUUCUGGCAGCUGCUGCCAGGCUUAACACCUCCUUCAUCUGGGUGGCCAGUGAUGGCUGGGGUGCACAGGAAAGCAUUGUCAAGGGAAAUGAGGUCACUGCUGAAGGAGCCAUCACACUUGAGCUGGCUGCCAAUCCCGUGCCAGAAUUCAAUCAAUACUUCCUCAGCCUGAACCCUAGCAAAAAUAAUCGCAAUCCUUGGUACAGGGAAUUCUGGGAGCAGCGGUUCCAGUGCUCCUUGCUUGGUGGAGGAGCAGGAGGAGGUGUUGGAUUGGGAGAGACACCUCUCCCGCCAUGUGACAAGGACUUGUCGAUGGACAAGAGUAACUUUGAACCAGAGUCCAAGAUCAUGUUUGUGGUGAAUGCUGUGUACGCCAUGGCCACUGCCCUUCAUAAUAUGCAACGAAGCCUGUGCUUCAACACCACUAAGCUGUGCGACAGCAUGAAGGCACUGGAUGGGCGCAAACUCUACAGGGAUUACAUCCUUAAUGUCAGCAUCACAGCCCCUUUUGCUCCUCCAGGCAGUGAGACAGUCGUGAAGUUUGAUUCCCAGGGAGAUGGCAUGGGCCGCUACAAUAUCUUCAGCUACCAGCGCUCUGUUGAUCGUUACGGUUACGUGCCAGUAGGUGAAUGGGCAGAGAGUCUGAGUCUGAGCAGUGAUCUGAUUCACUGGCCCAGAGAAGUGGUGCCCACCUCGCAGUGCAGCGACCCCUGUGAACGAAAUGAGAUGAAGAAAAUGCAGGCAGGUGAGUACUGCUGCUGGAUCUGUACAGCCUGUGAGCCUCAUGAAUACCUGGCUGAUGAGUUCACCUGCUCACCAUGUGCACCUGGUCAGUGGCCCACUGAUGACCUGACGUCCUGUUAUGACCUUCCUGAGGACUACAUUAUGUGGGAGGAUGCCUGGGCCAUUGGGCCAAUUACUAUCGCCUGUGUAGGGUUCAUGUGCACAGGUCUCGUGUUCUGGGUGUUUAUCAGACAUAACCACACACCACUGGUGAAAGCUUCAGGCAGAGAGCUAUGUUACAUUCUCCUCUCUGGAGUCUUCAUGUCCUACGCCAUGACUUUCCUCUUUUUGGCCAAACCUUCUCCUGCCAUCUGUGCCCUGCGGCGUCUCGGUCUAGGCACGUCAUUUGCUGUCUGCUACUCCGCCCUUCUUACCAAAACCAACAGAAUUGCCAGGAUUUUCAGUGGCGUGAAAGAUGGAGUGGGUGCAGCAAGGCCACGCUUCAUUAGCCCGUCCUCUCAGGUGUUCAUCUGUUUGAGUUUAAUCUCAGUCCAGUUAGUCAUGGUGUCAGUGUGGCUGCUGCUGGAAGUCCCCGGGACAAGGCGCUUCACGUUGCCGGAGAGACGACAGACUGUCAUCCUAAAGUGUAAUGUACGCGACUCCAGCAUGCUGUUGUCACUGGGAUAUGAUGUGCUCCUGGUCAUCCUGUGUACUGUGUAUGCCUUCAAGACCAGGAAGUGCCCUGAGAACUUCAACGAAGCCAAGUUUAUUGGAUUCACCAUGUACACGACCUGUAUAAUUUGGCUGGCAUUUCUUCCCAUUUUCUAUGUUACAUCCAGUGACUACAGGGUUCAGACCACUACUAUGUGUAUCUCAGUCAGCCUGAGUGGAUUUGUGGUCCUGGGCUGUAUGUUUGCUCCUAAGGUCCAUAUCAUCAUGUUUCAGCCCCAGAAGAAUGUGACCAGCCACAGGCUUAACCUCAAUCGCUUCAGUGUCAGUGGGGCUGCCACCACAUACGCAUCUCAUGCUUCUGUCAGCGCUCACCACGUCCCAACCGUGUGCAACGGGAGAGAAAUUGUUGACUCCACCACUUCCUCCCUGUGACCACAUCCAGUCCAGUCUCUAAAUCUGCCCUGCGACUGUUAGCCAAUCCAUGAACAUUAUCCCCCCUCGGCCAUCAUUCCCCACCUUAUUCAUGCACACACACAGCGUAUACCCCCACAUGCACAUACACACAUGUGUACAUAUACACACAAAUACACGCACAAACAGACAAACCAACAAACUUCCUUGUGGACUAGAACUGUAUUGUUUCACAAAUGUAGAAAGUGUGUAACUAUAAUUAAAUUAUUUUCUAGGGAUGUACAUAAAUGGAAUCAACAUUGUUGUAAGUAGAGAAACAAAAGAACAAAAAAAGUUUUUAGGAGGAAUUUUUGGAGCCUUUGUUUUUGAUAGCUUUGUUAUGAUGCAGUGUAAAUAGACAUGCGCUUAAUAAUCAUGGUAGGAGGGUGUGUGUCCCUCAGUCUGGAUGCACAUCCGUGGCUCUGCUUGCCUCGUCUGCAAUAUCCCACAGACUUUUUAUUCUCAUGCUUUUUUGUAGGUCUCAUUGUAAUAACCAAUUACGUAUGCAUUUCUAUUGUGUAUCUGUACAUUUGUAUAUUAUACUACUGAUGGUUCAAACAGCACAAUGUUGACAGUCUAGUCAUCCUACAAUGAAUGUGGACAAAAGGAUAAACUGGAUAGGAUUAGAUGGUUGAAAUGGACAUGUACAAUAAUCCAUCAAACACAUCAACUGUAGAUUUAUCAGAUUUGCUUUCCAUCCUAGAUCUGCAUAAAGAACCCACUGUGGCUGUUUUUGCUGGAAAAAUAUGUUUUGCUUUUGAUACAAGUGUUCAUUUUUCUAUUUCUAAUCAUGGAAUCCCUUUAUCUAAAUGGCCAUAGUUGCAGACAUGUGUUCACCAAAGCAACAGUGUGUUCACUCCCACUCUGCUGUUUCCUAAGAGGAUUGUUGUAAUGGAUUGCUAAUAACUAAUAGCAGGGCUGAAAAUCAUUUCUUUUACCUCAAAACUGUCACAUACAGAUAGCACUGCGAUAAUUCCGUCAAAGAGAAAACAAACUGAUGUCUUACUCGGUAAUUAUGAAUUUGUACUCAAAUGAUUUGGACACUAAUGAAGGGAAACUAUCUGCUUUGGUGAACACGUGUUGAAUUUUUCCAACUACAGGGGAGUAGCAGCUUACAGUAUGUUUUGUUUCCCAUAAUACAAUAUGUAGUGAUGUUUUGAAUUUGGCUAUGUGCCUUAUUGUAUGUUUUAUAGCGCUCCAGGUAGAUGUUGUAAGAGAUCAGUUUUACAUUGCCAUCUGCAAAUCCCUGCUUGGUAAAUGUAAAAGUGACCCCAGUAAUAGAGUACAUGUUUCAGGCCAACACAGUGCUAGUUAGUUUUAUUCCUUACCAAGCCUUCUGCCAUUGAUUACCUGAAGUGUUGAAACAGUGAAUCUGAGGAAUCCUUGGGUGAAAAUGACUUUCUCUACCCCCCCUUCUUUGUCCAAUCUGUGAUUUUAAAAAAAAAACACCUGACACCUGACACCAAUCGCACUGAUUUUACGUUACAUUUACAUUACAGCUUAGUGGCUCCGAUAAAAGAAGGAAGGGGAAGAGAAACUCUUAAACCAUUAAGAUGAAGUCAUUGACUCGUCGACUUACUGAAGUGUGCAGUUUACAUGUCUGUGUUAAAUGUGUUGACGUUGAGAGGCACAGUGGAGCAGCUGGCUUCAGCAGCCCCAGAGAGGCUCACGAGAGGAAGCAGAGCACACAAUGUCAGCUGCUGGCAGAUCCCAACGAACAAAAGGAUAUUAAGAGUAGAUCUCAUAUGCAUAACAUAUAUGACAUUUAUAAGCAUACAGACCCAUCAAAGUCUCUGUUUGUGGCUGUAUAAUGUGACAGACUCUCUGCUGUCAGUUAUGAGAUAGGAGUAAAAUGACAAAAAGGUUUUUAUAAGAAAAUCGAAAUAGCCUAAAUUACUAAUUUUGUGUUACAGCAUAUUUUAUUUUAGAGUGGUCUGUCAUGCAAGAAUUUAUUGCAUUUAGAAUCAUAGUAAAUUAUUAACAAACUGGUCUUAAAUGGUUACGUAUUAUAAUAUGCUGUCUAAAAUAAAGUGUGACUGUUAUACUUGAUAUUUCUGACAAAAUAUGUGAUCAGAAUCACUUAUUUGUUUCCCCAGACAAAUAUUUCAAAUCAAGCUUCUUCAUGUUAAAAUUCACAUAGUAGAUACAUUCAUCUCUUGACCGGUUCUUGUGCAGCCGGUCUCCGACAGCAUCCUAUGAUUAUCACACUGAAUGAUAGAUUGAAAGAAUUUUAGAGGAUGCGCCAAGACAGCCGACCUACAUUGGGGUGUGUGUGUUAGGUGCAGAGAGCAGGAGGAGAGAGUGAUGUGGCAGAGCAGAGGGGAGCUGCUGCUGCUGGAUUAUGUAAAGCACUCCCACAGCCCAGAAGUCACAGCGCCUCUAUGGAAGCUCAAAGCAUCUCAGAGAUUCACAGCCUUUGUUAGCAGAAGGCUUAGCCAUCCACUCAGUGGUUCUG